AUGCUUCCCUCUAAACAAAAGUAUUCAACCCCAAAUAGCCUGUUGAAGUCUAAUUACCCUAUUGUUUUCAGAAGGUUUCUCCUUCACUUCUCGAGAGAUUUAACUCCUGGCAAUCGAGCAGAAUUUAAAUUCUGGUGCAAAGGACAAAUUCCGGGUUCGAAGCUAGACAUCAACCCAGAGAACGAUGAAGAGUUUCUGGGUUUGAUCGAGUUUCUUCUGGAAUUCAAUGCAGUUUCCCUCACAAACUUGUCUCUACUUGAAGAAUUUCUCAUAACCGUCGGCAGUCACGAUUUGCUGCAAUCUUUGAAACAAGUCGAGCUGCAAAUCUCGCUAAGUGGUAUACUUGAAGGUUACAUAAAGUCGGUGAUGCACCUCCGCCAUCACACGCCUGUGAAACUUGCCCGUGACCAAGCAAGCGUCGCAAAGUUUUUGCUGGCGAUUAAAGAAAUAAAUAAGGAACUGAUUUCUCCAGUGUUGAACCGCCAACUUGAGCAAGUAGAAGACGACAGUGUUGUUCUGCAGGUCAUCAAGAGCCCUCUUCUAAAGAUCUCGUCGCUGUCGUGGUCCAAGUUCACGUCCUAUUUGGUGUUCAUUGGUGAGUUCUACGCUUCGUUUAGUUGGCCAUGUAACCAGUUACCCUAUGUCGUAGCGGAUGGUCACUUCACGAGUCUCUUUUCAGACACCAAGACCUGCAAACUACUUACGGAAUGGAUGCUUAAAAACGGAGGUCUGGUAAGUGAUUGAAGUAAAUACGCAACCUAUGUGAAAUGAAGAUUUACAGCCAAAAUAAUUUCCCUGUGUUCUGACUUGAGCAAGUUUUAUUGAAAAGUAGAUAGGACUGGGAAAUUUGUUAGCUAACACAAGGGAAGUUAUUUCGGGGUUCUGAUCGGGAAUCAAGAAUAUCUUUGGAAAAGACGCGAGGGCUGAUAGAAUCUUCGUGACUAAAAUAUUCUUCUUGCCACGUCAAAAGCCGCGUCCUUAAAUGUAAAUGGCUGCCUUUGAAUAUCCUUCUCAAUUUUUUUAACCAUUUGAACGACCAUAGUUGGUGGUUAGCAGUAUCGCAGGCUUUUACAAACAGUCAAAUUAGAAUCGGAAAUCAGAAGCAGAAUAUUGUAUCCAACUACUUAAACAAGAAACACGGGAAGAGGCGUCAAAAAUCUUUAAUUUUUAAUUACUUCAAGUUGCUUAACAGGUUCAGCUUUCACUUUUUACCGGUUUGGCAAAAGAUGUAUAAACAGCUCUUAAAACAUGCACGGACAGAAACUUUUAGAAAUGUUGCACGUGCUGUAUAAUCGAUGUAAAUUUCGAUGCUCUCGAUUUUGAUCCUUUCACAUUUAACUGAAAACGUUUGGGGCAAUUUCGAGGUUUAAAAGCUCUCUCGGAAAUAAUAAGAUAUUCAUAAACUUAUGAGAUAUUCAAAAUUAUUUAUAGGUCUUUUGACGAACUCUUUGUUUUCCAAACUAUUUUUUUCUGAAUCAUUGCUCAAUUCUAAGUAUGUCUCAGAUGUUUUACUCUCGAAUUGUAGUAUUUUUCAAAAUUGGCAGACAGUUGUUACAUCGAUGCGCUUGAAUGUGGCCGAAACUAUUCAAAUUUGCGCUAUUUUUAAAACAAAGCCGUGAGAUAUAAAAAUGAUAACUCUGAUACAUAAGACUCUUUCAGUUGUAUCUAGUAAAUUCUUAAGAUUUCUGGACGAUGUUAUAAGUUGACUGUGUGAGAUAAUCAAAUCAAGAGGUGUAGUGAGUCUUUUUUCUUGUAUGUGGUUAUUUUUGGAGAGGUUUUUCUGUAUUUGCGUCCAUAAUACCAUAAUACCCUGUACUUAAUACAAAGAUCAUGUCAGGCAAUACUUUCUUAGGUUUACAAUACUCAUCUUCCUUUGGUUUAAUUAACAGGAAGCAUUUCAAGAAUUCAUCAAAGAAAAACAACAAACCACUAUCAGUGAGUCCGUAUCAUCGUCCAAUGGAGAAUGUUUAAAAGAAAUCAUCGAGCGGCUUGGAAAUCGUAUCGACUUACAAUGA